CGGCGUGACUCGUGGAGGGCAGCGUCUCGGUCGUCGCGAUGUCUUUCCGUAGGGCCGUCGCAGCCGCGUGCGGGCUCGCGGGCGGCUCGGCGCUUCUGCUUUGCGCCGCCGAGUCGCGUGAAUAUUUCGGAGACAACCGCGGCGGACGUUCCAAAGCGGGAGUCGGUGUUCUUCACGCGGCUCACCCGAGCCCGUGGGCUCCGGGGAACCACAGCGUGCAGCCUAGCGGAUACGGAUGGGAUAACAACUGGGAUAAACGAGACCCCACCUCCAACCCGAGGAGGAAGGAGAGGAGCAAAGAGGAGAACAGCUCAGAGGCGGAGAACAGUAAACCCACAGCAACACGCCACAUCUUCCUCAUCAGACACUCCCAGUACAACCUCAACGGGAACAGAGACCGGGAGAAAACGCUCACUCCUUUAGGUCGCGAGCAGGCUGAGCUCACAGGGCAGAGGCUGGCAGCACUGGGUCUCCAAUACGAUGUGCUCAUUCAUUCCAGCAUGGCCCGGGCUACGGAGACCGCCAACAUCAUCAGCAGAUACCUGCCAGGGGUGGAGCUGGUGAGCUGUGAUUUGUUGCGAGAAGGGGCACCCAUAGAACCUGUACCUCCCGUGAGCCACUGGAAGCCUGAAGCUGUGCAGUACCACGAAGACGGCGCACGCAUUGAGGCAGCUUUCCGCCGCUACAUCCACCGGGCCGAGCCCAAGCAGAAGGAGGACAGCUACGAGAUCAUCGUCUGUCACGCUAACGUCAUCCGCUAUUUUGUGUGCAGAGCGCUGCAGUUCCCGCCAGAGGGCUGGCUGCGUCUGGGUCUGAACAAUGGCAGCAUCACGUGGCUGACGAUCCGCCCGAGCGGUCGCGUGGCCCUGCGAGCGCUCGGAGACUCUGGCUUCAUGCCCCCGGACAAGGUUACCCGCACCUGAUCCACCACCCUCGCCUGACCCAGUCUGGUCCGAAUGCUACUCCUCGGAGCAGAAGGCAGGGGUGCAUACUUGCUGGAAAUUUCUGGAAACUUUCAGAAAAAAGUUUGAGGCAUACAUGUAACGCAUUUAUAUUUUUAUUUUUUAAUGAAGAAUACACUUGUACAAGAAUCCCUGCAUGACUACAAUGAGUAUGUGGAAUUGCAUAUGAAACAUUUCUCUGAAAGGUGCUGAGUGUUUCUCCUCAAGUCUUGGCCUGCUGCUCCUUCAGUUGUCCCCAAGAGUCUUCAAAGUAAAUGUGAUGUUGCUAUUUUUGGGUAAAGUAUCAUUGUUCCUCAGGGCCUGGACUCACAGGGCAGCGUUAAGGAUGAGAUGAUGAUCUCAGACCGAGCAGUGCGCGACGAUGCCCUGUGAAUCCGGGCCUUACGCCCUCCGUUUUCUGAACCCAUCCUUGAAAAAUGUGGAGGGAAUGACACCAGCAAGUGUUUUAUUUAUUAGCGCUGUUCUAGGAAACCCUCUGCUCUAAAAACUCUUGGCUCUUUGCAGACUCUUCUGACUGGUGCAAAAGAGUUGUUUUUCAUGGGGUUUCACGCAAAUCCGAGGCCUUGACGUGAAGUUGGUGAAUGGUGUGUGGCUGUCUUCAGUGCCGUUUGUGAAUGUUUUCAGUUAGUUAAGAACUUGAAAUCAAAGAUUUUAUCAAGGCCAACACUCAGCAACGGUAGUGAAGUGUGUCGGCAUGCGCAAGUCUUUUGUAUGAAGCGCGCACACGAGUGAGGAUGCAGCAAUAGGACUUGUUCGAAAUGAUCAUUACCUUAAAGUUGGUGUGGUUUGAUUUUUGAUAUGAUUAAAACUUGGUCAGUAAGGUCACUGUCAGUUCUUUCAUUUCACCCAGAAAUAAAGCACAUUUAACAUUU